CGUACGAUGAUAAAACGUCGACUGUUCGGUCAAAAUGUUUGUGCGGUUUAGAUUUACAGUGAGAUGUGCGACUUAGAGCGAGACUGCUACCAGCAAAACACUUGCGAUUUGGGACGGGAGCUCCUCGAAUGGAACGACAUUAUCUUGAACCAUUUGACCCAGCUGAAGGAACAACGGGAGGAGCUCGACUUCAUCAUAAAAAAACAACAGGAUGAACUCGAACGUCUCAAGCAAGAACUUGAAGAGAAAACUAAACUAUCGGCGCGAUUUGGAGAGAAUAGCAAAGGGAUGCUGGAAUCUUUAGAGAUUUUCGACAAGGUAAUAAAAAUGUUGGAGGAAGGUUACGGAAAUCUGGUGGAGACUUCCGAGGGAGUGGCCAAUUUGAUCACAGACGAGAUAAAUCAACUUGAACAGAUUAUGGACAAGAAAACGAGCACGGAUGAAUCACAGAAAAAGAAAGCCGUUUGCGAUUGUGUGACGGAUAUGAGAGGUGAGAUAUGUCAGAAGGACAAUAAGGUUAUCACUGAUCCGGUUGCAAGGAUUAAAGCUAAACGGCAGGGAUGCUGUCAGAAACCUGAAUGUCCAGCCAUAGCCAGUCGACAAAAGGAAAAAUGAAUCAAUUAUAUUGUCCAAUAAAUUUUCUAUGUGAAAAAUGCUUGUGUGAAUUCUCAAGGUUCGCUCAACAUCUUGAACAACGUUUCAGUUGUUGUAAAUAAAUUAUUGGAAAACUCCGCACACUUUAA